AUGGACCCGGUGGGCUUCGUUUGUGAUAAAGAUACGUCAAUUGAUGCCGGUGUAGAAGGCAGUGGUGGUGUAUGCAAUACAGAGCAUUCCACUGAUGGUGGUCAUAUUGAUGGUUGCGUAGAAGGAAGUGGGAGUCAGUGUGAUGAAGGGAAUUCAACUGAUGUUGCUUAUGCUGGGUAUGUUGGUUUUGAUUGUAGACAGGGUACAAUUCGGAGGAGGAGGGAUGGUGUUGUUGUGGAGAGACAGUUUUUAAAGGUGAAUCGUAGUCUUGAUACUGGCCAUCAAAUGUUCAUUGCAAGUUGUGUUCGGGCAAAUAUUGGGUAUGUUCGAUCGUAUAAGCUGUUUAAGGAGAUUAUUGGUGAGUAUUCCAAUGUUGGGGCUACUGGGGUGGAUUUUAAGAAUUUCAAGCGUGAUUUGAUGGCAUACAUAUUGAAUGGUGAUGCUCAACUAUUCAUAGAUACGCUUUUUAAAAGGCGUGAAUUGUGUGAGGCUUUCGAGUUUGAAUAUGACGUUGAUCAGCUUACAAGGGUUUUUUGGGCAGAUGCAGUAUCAAGGAAGAACUUUGCAUUGUUUGGUGAUGUUGUUUUAUUCGAUGCUACAUACCGAUCUAACAGGUAUAAUUUGGUGUUUGUCCCAUUUACUAGAAUUGAUAACCAUAAGAGAUCCAUCACAUUUGGUGCUGGUUUACUUACGAGGGAAGACGUUGACUCAUAUGUUUGGCUUUUGGAGAGAUUUAAGAAAACCAUGCGUCAUGAACCUAUUUGUGUCGUUACUGACCAAGAUCCAGCUGUCAAGAUUGCAGUUGCUCGUGUGUUUGGUACAUCAAAACAUAGAUUCUGCAUGUGGCAUAUAAUGUGCAAGGUUGGCGAGAAGGUUGGACCGGUUUUAGCUAAGGACGAUGUGUUUAGGAGGAAGUUGAAUGGCAUUGUUUGGAACAAAUCUAUAGAUUCCAAAACUUUUGAGGAUUUAUGGAAUCGUAUUAUAGAGGAAUAUGGUUUGGGUGAUAAUGAUUGGUUUCGUUACUUGUUUGAGUCUCGUACAUUUUGGGCAUCUCCAUACUUUCAUGAUGAGUUUAUGUCGGGAUUUGUUAGGACAACAUCUCGAUCAGAGUCUCAAAAUAGUUUUUUUGGCAGUUUCUCCAAUGGUCAUUCCAGUUUGGUUGGGUUUUUGGUGCAUUUUGAUAGUGCUAUUAGUGCACAACGACAUGCCCAAGCAAAAUUGACUGCUGACUCUGAAUCAUGCUUUCCUGUUUUGAAGACUCCAUUGGCGCUGGAGAAACAUGCAAUGGAUGUCUAUACCAUUUCUGUAUUUUAUGAUGUGCAAGUAGAGAUUUGUGAAGGUUGUUUUUCUUGUCGAGUGGUGUCUUUGUGUGAGUGCGAGGGUAAGGUGUGCUAUGGGAUAAAAGAUGGUGACAAGAAGGCAUGGUCUGUGGAGUUUUUGUUGGCUGACUGUAGUGCUAUAUGUUCAUGCAAGAUGUUUGAGCGGAUGUGGUUGUGGACAAAAGGUGCCAGUUUGAAGCCAAUAUUUGAUAUUGAUGAUACGGUUGUUGACCAAUCGGCUAAAGUGGACAAUGUUAGGGUGCUUACUAAUCUAAUGUGGUCUGAAAUUUAUGCUUGCGUGGGAUUGGCUGAUGGUAAUGGGUCAACAGUGGAGGUGCGUGAUCCAAUUAAAGCUAAGAACAAGGGCGGCGGGAAGCGGAUGAAGAGUGCAAGGGAGAAAGCUGUGAAUAAGUGCGUAAAGCAAUCCAGGAAAUGCCAUACUUGUGAUGAAUAUGGCCAUAAUAGUAGGACGUGCCCAUUAAAUGGCUAG